AUGGCCGAAGAAUUCUACACCAUAGAUCUCCACAUUGACCUCACUCCCACUCUCACGCUCAGAAACCCCAACAUCCACCGCACCUUCUACCUUCCAUACAAUUCCGCCGCACACUAUCUCCUCCGGGCUGAACCUUUGGAAGAGGAUAGGGUUUGGUAUUUCACUAUGGGCGAUAUCUUUGAGGGGAAGUAUCAAGAGUUGUUAGAGGUGGAGAAGAUGCGUCAUCCGAGUCUGGCAGGUGAGCUUUCAGAUGAUGUUUCUGGAGAUGAAGAACUUAUGGAACCUCUUUUAAAUCAUCAUGUCGUCUCCACGCCUCAUUGGGGGUUCCUCCGUUUCUGCGUAUCUAUUAUCCAGCCCCUAUUCCACUUUGGCUGGUCUAUGUCUGCCAAAAACUCUGGCAAUCUUGGACUGGAACCUCUUCCUCUUCCUCGCCUUCUUCACGCGCUCCACGGUAACACUAAUCAGAUCCCCACUGGACCCGACGUCACUAUCUCUUUGGCUGCUAACAUCGCCGUGCUCGUAGACCACUACAAGUGCUAUCUGGCUAUCUUAGAAACUCGAUCAAACAACAUACUGAAGGAGACUAAAUGCUCUGGAUCACAGCAUGUUGUCACUCAGCCAAGUCCGAAUACAAUCCCGGGAUCCGCUUACGAACAACUUGAUCCGGAGUUAGUAAUCCUAGCGUCUGGAUAUCUCCCCAAUGACUCUGACCGUCCUUCACCGAAAUAUUCCUGGAGACAUUUAGAAGAGGAUGCAACUUUGGAAGGCGCGGGCAUUAAAAAAGUCCCCUUUCCAUGCCUUCAUACCUCACAUGACUCAGAUAAACCCUUCUAUGACAAAUACUAUACGGAGUCCGGCACUAUACGCCCACGUCCGGGCUUCGUUUUUUACCUGUGCAGAGUUCUAGAUACGUCAGCAGAACUCAGGGGGUUCGUGGAUCAUGAUCCUUAUGAGCACGUGCGUUCGCAUAUACCAGCGCGCACAGAAUGUAGAAAUUGCGGCGGUCCAGCCAUUAUAAAGGAGUCAAAGAAGUUGCAAAUGCGAGCCCGAGAAUACGAAAUUGAAAAGCCCAAGAAUCAAAGCCAAGAGGAAACCCAAACCCUAAUUCAUGCCAUGCCAUGCCAUACCCUACAUCUGAUAGCCCUUGCUCGAUGUUCCUGCGAGGCACGAAUAAUCAUCCCAUCGCAAUGA